UAUUUCCACGUCUCAAUCUUUUUUUCUCUUUUUAUUUCUGAAGGAUCUUUAUAGCAGGGCCCUCAGCGUUGAUGUGAAAAGAAAGGAAGAGUCAUAAAAGUUUCAUAUCAGUGAAGUAUUUGGCAGAUGGUGUGGUCUACUCAGAAAAGUAAGCAAACAACUGCAGAAACUGAACUGCUAUAGUUGACCAUGUUUGUUAUAGUCCGCUCUAAAAAACGGGUAAAGCCAGUCAAGCAUAUCAUCAUUAAAGUAAAGAAAAGAAAAAGGAAGUCCAAGUCCACAAACACUGAAGGGCCCACUGGAGUUCCUUGUGGUGUUUCCACUGACUUUGAAGAGGUAGAAUCAGAUCUUGGAACUUCAGGAUCCGGGUCUUUCUAUUAUGAGAUCCCCCAUGAAUCACCCACAGUUCCCAAAAAGCUGACGCGUAUGGAAACUAAAUCAAGGGAAGAGGCCAUUCCUGAAUUCUAUGAUAUGCCAGCCGGGGCAUCGUCGUUUACAGACCCCGACCUGCUGACCAAAAGUGUUGAAAUAUAUAAAGAUGACAAGAUGCCGAUGGUUAGCUCAAAGCCCAGUGAAGCCAGUUCCUCUGAAGCCAGUUCCCCAGUUCUUGCAAAUCAGGCCACUCACAUAGACAUAAAGGAAGAUCAAAAGCCACAGAUGAGCAAGACUGAUACCUCUGAGCUACCAAUCAUGGCAGGCCAAGCUAGCCCUCCAAGAAGGGCUGUGUCCAUUGCAGGGGAAACGGAGAUGGGUCCGGAAACGUCCAUGCCUUCAUCAUAUAUGAUUCCCAAUGGAGCCAAGCAGAUAUUAAAGAUAAAAGUAAAGAAAGAAAAAGACACCGGGAUAACUGAGGCGGAAGCGUUCGAAAUUCCAGAUGCCACUCAGCUCCUACUUGAUGGGACACACAUAACGUUAAAACGAGAGAAAGACCAAGGAGCAGCUCCAGCUGUCCAUGGUGAGAUGCCAACUGAUCAGUCCAGGCAGUUUUUAGUGAAAGUCAAGAAAGAUGUAGAAAAGCUUGUGCCAGUGCCUACUGAAAUUCCAUCCAAAGAUCCUACAAUGCGGGCCCAAUAUGUCAAAGUAAAAUCUGAGAAAGAGUCUGAAAUUCUACCUUCAGAUUUGGAUCUGACCGCUACAUUUGAUACCAGAGAUUCCGCAAAGAGGGCCCAGCUUGUAAAAUUUAAAUCAGAGGACGAGAAAUUUUUGGGAAUAUCUCGAACAUCAUCCCCUGGCACACCUUUACAGCGUGCCCAUAGUGUAGUGUUAAAAUCAGAGGAAGCAAAAACAUCGAUUCUCCAUUAUUCCAAAACACCAGACGGAACUCCUGCCACAGGUGUUAUGAAGGAGCCCCCACAUUUAACCAUAAAAUCAGAGCCCGAGACCGAAGUGGCUGCAUUUCCGCCAUCUCAAAGUGUUGUACCAAAAUCAGAUGAAGAAGCAGAGAAGCAAGAUGAACUUCCCUCUACAGGCCCCUUGGAAUGGGUACAACACCGCCCAUCAUCACUAAAGAAAAAAUUGAGACCUGAUCAUUAUGGGAUGCCAAGUGAAGCCCCAAGUGAAGCCCCUUCUGAGCAGAUAACAAUAAAGUCCGAAAAGCAGAUGGAGCGCAGUCCUUCCAUAGGUUUGGUAAAAAGUGCUCAACAUAUGAUAUUAACAUCAGUAGAGCAAGCAGAAAAUGUAAGGUCUGACCAGUAUCUAAUGUCUCCCAAGGGUCCAACAAAAAUUGACCUGCAUGCAAGAACACCAAAAGAGGAGUCCAAAAGUAAGAUGUCAGAAAUGGACGUUAAAGCUCCAACCAAAGACCCUACAGAACUGGCCCAACAUGUAACUAUAAAGUCAGAGGAAAAGAUGGAAAAAUCGAAGAUGCCUGUGGAAGUUUCAUCAACUGAUUUGGCAAAGCCUGGCCAACCCAUAGUUAUGGAAUCAGAUGAAGAGAGUAAGCCAGAGAUGUCCACAGGAGUUUUCACCAAAGGAUUCACAAUGUUGGCUCAACGUUUGUUUAGAUCAGAGUCUGAAAAGGAUACAUCUGAGAUUCCAGUAGCCAUUCCAACCAAAGCUCUUUCGAAGGAAGCUGAAGAAGUUCUAACAGAAUCCAUAGAAUUCCAUGAUGAUAGUACAUAUGAUAUUCAUUUAGGGUUGCCUACUGACGGUCCCGCAAAGAGGGCUCAACAUGUAUUAAUACACUCCGAAGUAGACAAUGAAAAAGAUACAACCGAGACAGCUGAAGGAGUUCCAUAUAAUCGUUCUGCAAAACGUGCACAGAAUGAAGUAGCAGAGGAAGACAGUAAGUCUGAGACACUGAUAUCAGUUCUCCCCAAAGGUAUCGCAAAGUGGGCUCAGCGUUUCUUUGGAUCGGUGGCAGAGUCAGAGGAAAGUACUUCCAAUGUGUCAGAAGUUAUUCCAGCCCAAGGUUCAGCAAAGCAAGCCAAAUGUGUAAUAACAGAAACCAAGGAUGAGCAGAAUGAUGACACAUCUGAAAUGUUCACCGGUGUUCCAAAUAGAGGUCCUGUAGCAAUGAAACCAAAGGAAGAAUUACUACAAAAUAUAAACAAGAUGCCUGUAGGAGUUCUUUCGAAAGGUUACAGAAAGCAAGCUAAACAUGUAGUAGUAGAAUCAGGGGAUGAGCAGGAAGAUUUUGAGAAGGUAGAAGGAGUUCCAUCUAAAGGCCCUGCAAAACGAUCCAAAAGUGUAGUGAUAGAAUCUGAGGAAGAGCAGAAACAUAACAGAUCUGAGAUGCCCAUAGUUGUUCCAUCUAAAGGCCCUGCAAAACGAUCCAAAAGUGUAGUAAUAGAACCUGAGGAAGAAUUAUUAAAGAAUACUACUCAGGUACCUGUGGAAGUUCAUUCCAAAGGUCCCAGAAAGCAAGCUAAACAUGUAGUAGUGGAAUCAGGGGAGGAGCAGGAAGAUUUUAAGAAGGUAGUAGGAGUUCCAUCUAAAGGGCUGGCAAAGCGAGCCAAAAGUGUAGUAAUAGAAUCUGAGAAAGAGCAGGAAGAUGAGAGAUUUGAGGUGCCUGUGGGAUUUCCAUCUAAAGGUCCUGCAAAGCGAUCCAAAAGUGUAAUAAUAGAAUCUGAGGAAGAAUUAUUAAAGAAUACUACUCGGGUACCUGUGGAAGUUCAUUCCAAAGGUCCCAGAAAGCAAGCUAAACAUGUAGUAGUAGUAGAAUCAGGGGAUGAGCAGGAAAAUUUUGAGAUGGUAGUAGGAGUUCCAUCUAAAGGUCCUGCAAAGCAAGCCAAAAGUGUAGUAAUAGAAUCUGAGGAAGACCGUGAAAAUAACAGAUAUGAGAUGCCCAUAGGUGUUCCAUCUAAAGGUCCAGCAAAACGAGCCAAAGGUGUAGUAAUAGAAUCUGAGGAAGACCGUGAAAAUAACAGAUAUGAGAUGCCCAUAGGUGUUCCAUCUAAAGGUCCAGCAAAACGAGCCAAACGGAUAUUAGCCGAACCUGAGGAAGAUCUUGAAGAUGAUACAUCUGAGUGGCCAGUAGGCUUUUCUUCUAAAGGUCCAGCAAAACGAGUCAAACCAGUAGUAACAGAAUCGAAGGAAGAGAUUACUUCUGAGAUAUCUACCGAAGCUUUUCCCAAAAAUGUUGCAAAGUGGGCUCAGCGUGUGCUGUUUGGAUCAGAGGCAGAGGUUCAGCAAAAUGAGUCCAAAGUGUAGUACUCAAAUAAGAGGAAGACACAGAAAAGCAGACUAGGGUUGUGCAAAUAAAGAAGAGAUGACAGAAAUGUCUGAGGUGCAAUCAGGACUACCAGUGGAAACAGAUAAAAAAAACAAACAAAAGAGACUUCAAAAGAAGGCUGCUCAUUCAGUCUUACACUUUUUCCCCCAAGUUAUUUGACUAAUUAAAUACAUCUAUUUAUGAGAGGCUACCAAAAUUCCAAAAAUGUAGUCAAAUAUCAAGCUACUGUAUGUGGUUCUGUUUAAUGAUUAGAUUGAGAGAACUAAUAAUAUUAUUUUAUAACAGUGUUUCUUAAACUAUGGUUUGCAACCCAAGUCGCAUGAUGGUCGAUUUUGGGAGGCACAUUACAAUAGUACUAAAUGAGAAAGGGGUGUGAAUGGAUUUGUGGAAAGCUUUGCAAGUGGAAAACAUUCCACCCCCCAUGCAAAACGAUCCUAAAGUGUAGUAAUAAAAUCUGAGAAAGAGCAGUAAGAUGAGAGAUUUGAGGUGCCUGUGGGAUUUCCAUCUAAAGCUCCUGCAAAGCGAUCCAAAAGUGUAGUAUUAGAACCUGAGGAAGAAUUAUUAAAGAAUACUACUCCGGUACCUGUGGAAUUUUAUUCUAAAGGUCCCAGAAAGCAAGCUAAACAUACAGUAGUAGAAUCGGGGGAGGAGCAGGAAGAUUUUGAGAUGGUAGUAGGAGUUCCAUCUAAAGGUCCUGCAAAGCAAGCCAAACAUAUAGUAGUAGAAUCUGAGGAAAUAAAGGAAUAUAAUACAUCUGAGUGGCCUGUAGGUAUUCCAUCUAAAGGUACUGCAAAACAAGCCAAAACUGUAGUAACAGGAUCUGAGGAAGACCGUGAAAAUAACAGAUAUGAGAUGCCCAUAGGAUUUCCAUCUAAAGGUCCUGCAAAAUGAGCCAAACAUAUAGUAAUAGAAUCUGAGGAAGAGCAGGAAUUCCACCCCUCACCCCCCCCCCACUCCCACCAACCCAAACAGGAAGCCCAACAGAUGAUGAUUAAUGGCAAUGCAACAAGGGGGAUCAAUUCCCUGGAUGAUACUCUGUGCCUGUUGCAAAGAUACGCAAAAGGAAACAAUGGGCUGUAUGGGGGAAAAGAAAAUACAUGUAAGAAUGUCUUACAAUAUUCAUUAAUGGAAAACACAAGAGUCAUAAAACCUCACUUUUAGAAAAAGAAAAAAGACCUUAAUUUGGGAAUUCUAACCCUAACCCGAACCUCCCAAAUUAUUUUGUAGGGCAUACGUUUUAGGAAAUGAGAGUCAGCAUCGAGUCUCUAACCGAAAUAAGGUGUGAUGAUUUCUAUUCUUCUUAUUGCAUGGUUCUGUGUUAACCUUUAAACUUAUCUCAGUAGAUUUAAUAAAGGGCAAUGGUUUGAGACAUCAUGACUAUGAUACAAUUACAAGGUCAACAACAUACAAGAGUGACUUUGGUAAUACUGAAUGAGCGUAGUCCUGGUAAGUAAUUAGAAAUUUAAAUAAUUCUUCCUUUUAGGUUAAUUGAAAAUAUCAAAGGCCCAUUUUUUCCAUUACAUUUAGUUACUGGUGACCACUCUCGGUUUCAUGUUCUUACAUAAGCUGGCUGAGAACCUGAGGUCUCCAAGUCACUAACCAGUAGCUUACCGAGUUGCGUUAAAGUUGAGAGUAAAUGGGCCUUUGUCUUCUACUGCAGCUGGGAGGGUAUCAUAUUGCUCAGUGCCACCCUCUCUUCCCAGUGGCAGUGAACCUGCAGCCUCCAAUUGGCACUGAAGGAUUUCCCCUGGUACAGCAGAAACAAAGGCUGUUCUAUAACCCAUCAGCCCGAGUUUACAUCCCACUACUGCCAUCUCAGGUAGGAUGAACAGUUCAAUUGCAAAGUUUUCAUUUCUGCCUGGCUAGACGGUAAUAUUUUAAUUUCAUAUAACAAAAUGAUAUUGUUGGAUCCCGCUCUUCCAGACCUUCCAUUAGUAACCCAUUUGACCACUUUACAACACUCUGAGAGGAGGAUAGCAGAGAAAUAUUUAAAGGAGGCUCAUUCACCUCAUUUUACAUAGGCCAGCUACUGUCCGUUGACAGAGUAUUAGAGUCCUACAGUUCAGCUAUUCAGAAUCCUGCCCAUCUCUGCCAGCUGUUGAAUGCCUAUAAAUUAAGGAUUUUUCAGAUUAUUUAAAACCUAUAAAUCUAGACUAGCAAAAGGACCACCGUCACAAGUAUAUUUUCUGUUCCCUGAACCUAUGGAUCUUUCUACCUACUUGCUAUUUCUCAAACCCUGUCGAUUUAGGCAAGUACAAAGACCCAUCUGUUGAUAUAUUUGGUUAUUUCUGACCCUAUGAAUUCUGGGUCUGUCUCUUCCAAUCCUGUCACAACAUACCCAUAGGACCACUUUACAUCACUCUGAAAGGAGAUUAGCAGGGAAAAUAUUUCAAAGAGGCUCUCUUACCUCGUUUCACAUUGGCCAGCCUCUGUCCACUGACAGAAAGUUGGGAUCCAUCGAGUCAGUUGUUGGGGAUCCUGCCAGAGUGCGCCAACUGUUGAAGCUCUAUAAAUUAGGGAAUGUUCACAUUUACUAAGCUCUAUAGAUCCAAAAGUCCACCAUGUGUAGUAUAUUUGCCUUUACUUGACUCUGGAUAUUUCUAACUACUUGUUCUUCCUCAAACGAUAUAGAUCUAGACUUGGAAAGUGGAUCACAAUUACAAGUAUAUUUGUUGUUCCUUUACCCUGUGGAUCUUUCUUCCUACUUGCUGCUCUUUAAUCCCUAUAGAUCUAGGCUAGUAAGAGGACCAGUCAUUUGUCUCAAAAAAAUGAGAUAUAGACCCCAAAAUAGAAAACUGUCAAAGCAUUGCUUAUUUACAGUGUUGAAUUUAGCAAAACAACAUGUAAUCAAAACAAAACUUCCAAAUCAAAAUGAUCAUAUAUAUAUAUAUAUAAACGUGUGUGUGUGUUCGGCCCGGAAGUGAGAGGUGGAGUCUGGGUAAGGGCCACUACCCACUACUGUCCUGAGUCGAGAAUUAGCCAUUGUGAGCCACUAGGGGGCGUACUGCCACCAUAACCCAGACACAGACAGGCAGGAGACAGGUUUUGUCACACGUUUAUUUACAGUUUUACCAGCCCACAAUGCCAGUAAACAACGCAACACACCAACACCGUUCAGUCCCUUCUUGCCGCCAGUCCUUCUCCCUCCACUCCUCUUCAGGUUUUGUCCUCUCCUCCCGACUGUGACCACCGCUCCUUUUUAUAGGGCACCUAAAUGCACUCCAGGUGCCCAACGAGCUUCUUCCGGCUGUGGCGUGAAGCGUGACCACAUAAGGCCCUGAAAAGGUCCAUGCGCCCCCUGGCUGGGUUGAGCCACCAUGCUCAUAACCCGUGGCCCCACUGGAAACCAAGGGAGCUGCCCUCUAUCGGCCCAGGGAAGAAACUGUCCCGACAAUCCUUUUUCCCCUGGUCCUUCCACACUUUGGGUGUCCUGGCCAUCUGCCACACCAUGUAGCGCCUCACAACCCCCUUAUGUCUUGGGUGUGCUGUGCAAUCACUGGCUCACUGGAGCUCUUUCCUCUUCCUGUUCUGCCUAAAGGUAAGUACCUCUUCAUAACUAUUUACGCAUUGAAAACUACUAUAAAGUAAAGGCCACUUACCCUGUGAUAGUGGUAACUAGGAGCAGACAAACACAACAGUUCCAUCUCCUCUUCACUUAUGGUGCCCUCUGUAAUAUUUGGGACAAAGACAAAUUUUUCCCUGAUUUCUCUCUCUGCUCCACAGUUUAAAAUUACAAAUCAGACAAUUCAGCUUUCAUUAAAGCAUACAAUGUAGACUUGUCAUUUGAGGGGAUUUGCAUACAUUUCCGUCACACCAUGUAGAAAUGACAACACUCCUUCAACAUGAUCACCUAACUUCAGGGCCCUUUAAUUGUUGGGACGACUGGCAUCACAGGUGUUGCUGACCACUCAGGUGUGUUUCAUUGCUUCAAGCAGUGCUGAGGCUACUGCUAUUUUUAACCAUUUAUAAAUGAUUUGGAUAGCAAUAUAAAGUAACAAACUGGUUAACUUUGCAGACAAUACCAAGCUUGGUGGGAUGGUAGAUCAUCUAGAAUCUGUUGAAUCAUCAAAGAUGGAUUCAUAAAGCAUGCAGACUUGGGCAGAUUUAUGAUGAAAUUUAAUGUCAGUAAAUGUAAAGUAUUAUAAGAAGUAAAAAUACAAUAUGGCCUGAAUACAAAACAGGAGGUCUGAACUUUGAAAGUCCACCUUAUGAGAAGGAUUUAGGAGUUGUAGAGGACUCGUCGCUAUCAACUACCAGACAGAACCAUUAAGAAGGCUAACAGAAUGUAAGGUUAUAUAGCGCCUAGAUCUGUGGAGUACGAGUCACAGGAAAUUCUGCUCAAGCUUUAUAACACACUGGUGAGGCCUCAUCUGGAGUCCUGGGUGCAGUUUUGGUCUGCAGGCUACAAAAAGGACAUAACAGCACAAGAGAAAGUCCAGAGAAGAACAACUAGGCUGAUUCCAGGGUUACAGGGGAUGAUGAAUGAUGGAAGGCUAAUAGAGCUGAGCCCAUCACUUGCAUUAAGUUUAGGUGUGAAUACACAGUGGGAGGUCUGAAAAUCGAAAGGUCGCCCUAUGAGAAGAACAUAGGAGUCAUAGUGGUCUUGACACUAUCAACUGACAGUGUUCAGAAGCUUACAGAAUGUCAGGUUAUAUAGCACCCUGAUGUGUGGAGUACG